CCUUGGGACAAAACACGGAUAUUGCCAAAGCCAAAGGUUCAGCCGAAACUUAUGCUGUGAAAUAUUUUUUACAGAAACUAUUUUUGAUACCCACUUCCGAUAAUCUUGACCCUGAUAAAGUGUCCGGUAAACCCCGAGAACUAACCGAGGAAGAAAAAAAGCAAGUAGAGGAAGUUUUAGAAAGGCAUAAAUUAAAAGCCUCCAUUAAUACCACUCAUGCCAAAUCCUAA